UUCUGGCACAAUUCAGUUUCGACAAAUGGGAUCCUUCUCGUGCAGGACCCACCUCCCCUGACCGACCUUUUCCCUUUCCUCCCGGCGACCCACUUUUGGCAAGCCUCCCCCCGCCUUCCGCGGGUGUGUUUGCCGCGGCGUCAUCUGCCCGCUUGUUUGUUGACUUCUCUCGGGCUUCUCUCUCUCUCUCUCUCCCUCCUGCAGGGCUGACACCCUCGCCACCCGCCAUGGAGAAAGCGCUGAAAAGCGGGCUCAAAACCAGCCUCCUGGCUCCGUUUGGGAAAAGCUCGGGAGGCGGGUGCAUCAGCCAAGGGCAAGCCUACGAGACCGACGCCGGGCUGGUCUUCGUUAAAGUCAACGGCAAGGCCCAGGCUAGGACAAUGUUUGAGGGGGAAAUGGCCAGCCUGAUAGCCAUCCAGCAGACCAACACUGUGCGUGUCCCAAAUCCAAUUAAAGUAAUUGAUCUCCCUGGAGGUGGAGCAGCAUUUGCUAUGGAGUUUCUGAAGAUGAAGAGUCUCAGCAAAUAUUCUUCAAAGCUUGGAGAACAAGUAGCAGAUCUUCAUCUUUAUAACCAAAGACUUGGAGAAAAAUUAAACAAAGAAGGAAAUAGAGUUGGGGCAGGGCUUUUUGCAGGCCUGACAGAACCUCGCUAUGUGGACAAGUUUGGAUUCCAUACAGUUACCUGCUGUGGUUAUAUAUCUCAGGUAAAUGAAUGGCAAAGUGACUGGCCGACUUUCUUUGUACGUCACCGGCUCCAAGCCCAAAUGGAUUUGAUUGAGAGAGAUUAUGGGGACAGAGAAGCAAGAGAAUUGUGGACUCAACUAAAGCCAAAGAUUCCUGAGAUGUUUUGCGACCUGGAAAUCAUUCCUGCUCUCAUCCAUGGGGACCUCUGGGCAGGAAAUGUAGCUGAAGAUGACUCCAGUCCAAUUCUCUUUGACCCUGCUUGCUUCUAUGGCCAUUCAGAAUUUGAACUUGCAAUUUCUAUGAUGUUUGGUGGCUUUAGUAGCUCCUUCUUUUCUGCUUACCACAGUAAAAUCCCCAAGGCUCCAGGCUUUGAAAAACGCAAUAAGCUUUAUCAGCUAUUUAACUAUAUUAACCACUGGAAUCAUUUUGGGACACAAUACCGGCGAUCUACCCUUAAUGUAAUGAGAAAGCUUCUAAAGUGAACCUCCUAAUGCUCUUCCUUCAUAAGCAGAUCCGUGUUAGGUGUCAGAACAUCAAAUAUGAUGAUUCAGAAAUGAAAGGCAGCCACCUGGAGGUUUCCAAAAGUAAUGAUUAAGGUGGCAUUUGUACACAUUUGAUUCCUCACAAAAUGCUUGCAGUGGUUUGUAAUUUUUACAUUCUGUAAUUGUCAACUAGCAUAUUAAUAACCACUUUGAUAAGGUUAGGAGAACUGUGUAAUGUUAAUAUCAGACGGAAUGAAUUGUGUAACCUUAUAGCACACACCGUGUAAAAACAUCUAAUCUAAUUAUGGUUGGAUUUAUAAUUUAGCAAUUAAUGAUAAGAAGCUGGAAUACAAUUAUUUAGCCUACACCAUCUUGGCAUUUUGAGAUGAUCAAGUAAUCAGUAUAUUCCAGAAUCUAGCUGCAUAAAUUUAAAUUUUGCAGAACUGUUAAACUAUUGAAAUAUGCAUAUUAUCUGCUGUGCAUAUAACAACCUUCCCUCACAAGAGUCUGGGAUUGCAUCCACACUGUACAAUUAAUCCAACUUGAAACCACUUUAAUGGCCUUGGCUCAAUGCUCUGAAAUUCAGGGAGUUGUUGUUUUACAAGGUCUUUAACCUUCUCUGCCAAAGAGUGCUGGUGCCUCAUCACACUAUGGCUCCCAAGAUUCCAUAGCAUUGAGCCAUAGCAAUAAAAGUGGUGUCAAGCUACAGUGUAGAUGUACCCAGGGAUGGCCCAUUAUAAGAUGGGGAGGCACAUGAUGGACAGAGUUAUAUGUGGGAUGUGAUCAGCUGUGCACACAUACAUUGCCCUGCUGCCUUCAGGUGGCCUGAAAAUGCAGUCUGGGUACCAAUAUGGAAAUAAAAUUCAGCUUUAUAGUCAACUUUUCUACAUAAAAGGAGAGAGCAGUUUGCCUCAGGCAUCAAAAUAUUUUGGUCAACUCCUGAGAACAUCAUCGCACUGCACAAUAAACCAGUUUUAAAAAUGUGCCUGUAUUUCAGGUGGAGAACCGGCUUUAGAAACACUGCUUUUUAGGUCCUGCUUUUUUACACACACAUCUCACCAUGCAUAGUUACUGUUGCAGUCAAAAUGCACAGUGAACUUAUAAGUAAACCCUAUUAAACAUAGUAGUUGUUGUUUUGGGGUUAUAUGUACACUUGCAUAAAAAUAGAUCAGGUUUGUUGUGAAAUUAGCUUUAAUAGGGAAAAUAAACUUGCUAUCUUUUUUUUUAGAAAACUGUUUGAAAUUAAACCUAUUUCAAAGUUCUUUUUUGUUUACAUGCAAUUAGCUUGAAUAAUGGGUGGUAACAAAUGGAAAUAGGUAUGAAAGAAAAAGAAUAUUGCAAUAAUGAGUGGUCUGAGUAUUUCAGCUAUUUGCCAAACAUUGAACAUGUUUCUACCACUAAAUAAGUCAAUUACUUUAUGAAUUGGAUAUAAGUAAUGUUCUAUUCAAAAGAGAGCUUUAACCCAACUCAGUUAACAAUAAAAUCCCCGUGGCUUCUAGAGCACUGCUUCUUGAACUGUGGGUCCCAAUACCAAAUGGGGCCCCUUUAGCUCAAUAUUGGAGUCACAAAAAUUGGCAACAGUAAAGGUUUCUGAAUGCUACCUACUUGCACAAAUUUGUCAACAACAUACAACAGUGGACUCUGCAGAAUCUGCUUCAGCUGUACACCACAAAAAGGAAAAUCAGCUUGUUUAGCAAGCCUUGCAAAUACUGGUUUCUUAUCAGUAAAUGGUUUAUUUUUAAGAUCUACCCUAUAUAUCUAUGUACUUGGGUGGAUAAAGUUUAAGAAGCCCUGCUCGAGAUAGUCUUGGGCUUCAACUCCAAUGAUCCCGCCAUCACUAACUUGCCUGGGCUGGUGGGAGCUGCAUUUCAACAUUAUCUGAAAUGUCGCAGGUUCCCACAUUUGGGAUGAGAAACAGAGAAACAUAGGGCAAAAAGUAAUUUGAGGUUUAAGUCCCUCUUUUUGAGAUAAAUACUGGCCUUCUUUUAAACUCGUUUAAAAAGUGAUAUUAAAUAUAUGGAUACAUUGCAUUUUAGAAGUAUUGUGAUAAGCAUUUCAUGCGUUGUAUACAUCUCUAGUUAAUAAUGAUUGAAAUCUGUUGGAAGUUCUUAAAAUGUAAUUCUUCUUAGUGAGCAUUAAUAUUUUACCUAUGAUGUCCAUUUUGAACAUUUAAAACAUUCUAAGUUUAAAGGGUUAGUAAGUAUAAAAACUGGGAUCGGAAGGUAAUGGGAAUGUGAGAUUAGUCUUCAUUUAUGGUAGGAAGAUUAGUAUUAAAGUAAUCAACCCAGUGAUUGGCCAAAUAAGCUCAUUGUGAUGUCGAAUUUGAAUGGAAGUUAACAUGCUCUAUUUGCUUUGUGUGUAAUAUGUAAUCCAAAUAAAAUAUCGACGUUGUUGACAUAA